UCCAGGUGGACGAACAGAACAAAAAAAAAACGCUAUGCAUAGGGUGUCAACUGUCACCUGUCGAAACUCGAAUGUCAAAUUCAUUAAUUUGUCAAAUUGUCCUUCUAAAGUUGUCGUCCAUCAAGUCGACAUGGCACCCCGGUUCGAAAUCGCAGUGGGUCUGCGUAAAGGCCACAAAACAACAAAGAUUUCUGCUGGAAAGAAAGGUGUAACCGAUAAAGCAAUCAAAAUUAGGCCUGCCAGACUAAAGGGUCUUCAAACAAAACACUCAAAAUUUGUAAGAGAUCUGGUCCGAGAAGUAGUUGGACAUGCACCUUAUGAGAAGAGAGCUAUGGAAUUGUUGAAGGUAUCAAAGGACAAGCGUGCUCUGAAAUUCCUAAAGCGUCGUCUUGGCACACACAUUCGUGCAAAGAGGAAGCGUGAAGAGAUGAACAAUGUACUUGUACAGAUGAGGAAGGCUGCAGCCCAAGCGCACCACACACACCAUUAAUAAUUAAUAUAUCUACAUAUUAAGCAAA